AUGUACGCUUCCGCUCAAUCUCGCAACCGCAGCGGUGAUGCAGCUUACGGCUUCGCUACACCAGUACGAACUCCUUCCACCUCCUACCACAACCCUUCUUCCUACUCGCAAGCAUUGACACCGGCAGAUGCAUCCGCCAAGGCUGUCCGGUUUCAAAGUCAACCUCUUCCCCCGCAAAUGCAACAACUACAACAAGUAGCACAACAACCCUCUUCCUCCACCUCCACAGCACUCACACCUAAUCGCUCACCAUACCAGAACGCCUCUUCCGCAUCGCAAAUGCAGUCUCCAUCACUGCAACACACCGCCUCUGCAACGCCAAACAGCAUGACCAGCACCCGCCCCGCUCUUCCCCCUUCAGCAUCAUCCCCAGAGGUCUCCUCCUCAUCGAGCAUCGUCCUCACCCGCCGACUGAAAUGGAACCUUUCCGCUCUCGCACUACUCUGGAUCCUUCCUGCACUAACAACCCGUCCUCGCGACAUGUAUUGGGCCCUUCUCGACCAAAUAUACAUCUGGGCCGGCGGCGAGACAGACGAGAUUGUCGAUCGAGUAGUAGGCUGGGUGCUUUGGGCGCUUAGCGUUGUGUUACUGUUCAACGCUGUUGAAGCUUCAGUGCUUGUUCAGCGAUCUAAGGCCCCCUCUUCUGCCGCGCUAGCUCCGGCUGCUCCGCAAACGCAACAAGGUAAAGGGGCAGUGUUGGGAAUCCACUCGCCACAAGUAGCUAAAAGCAUCAACUUUGUCGCUGCAUCCAGAAUGAAGGGAUCGCCCAAGACUAGGAUUUCGAAUCUUGGUGCUGGAUCUCCUAUCGCCCAUACUUCCUCUCCGGCUCGAGGUUCGCCAAGUGCUCCAGCGGGGGAGUCGCCGGUGGUGGACUAUUCGCAAUUCUCACCCUCACUCAGGCGUGCGUCUGGUCCUAUCACUACCUCUUCCCCUACGAGUACUGGUUUUGGUAGUGGGAGUGGCAGUACCAGCAGUGCAGUAGGAGGCGUAGGCAUGGUUGGACCACAAUCAUCGCCUUUAGCAGCGUUCAGAGCGAGACAUCACAGCAAGGGUGGUUCACCGUCACCCUCAAGCUUGAGAGCAAGGUCGAUUACUCCAUCCGUGAGCAACGUCGAUCUGAGCUUUGAAGCGGAUGCAGGGGACGCGGAUGCCGAGGAACGAGGGUUUUUGGGAGAUGAAAGUUUCCAAGUUGAUCGUGCACUUCGUUCUCUGCGUACUUCGUUUGGAGGUGUUUCAAGCACUCCUGCGCCUUGA